GGAAGUUGGUUUGUGUCGGUCUACCGUCAUGGACAACCAGAGUCGAGUCUUUGCUGCGGUACUACCGGCUGCUGGUCGGGAUUUUGCCGGUAAUGUGAAGGAACAGGGAUUUGAAGUGCGAGCAGUUAACUGUCACAGUCCUACUAACCGGGUCCGGGAGGUCCAGGUGACGGGAACAGCGGAGGUUUGCUGUCCGGCGGACCGGGUGUCGGUGCGGGUCAGUGUGGGCAACAGCAAAGAGUCCGUUACCGAGGUGACCAACAGCGUCUCGCGGCGACUUGAAUACAUUUUACAAGCUUUCAGACAACAUGGUUUGAGUGACAACGACACCUCCGUGAGGAGGUUUCUCCACCGAGAGGCGGACCAGUAUUACAUGGAUGCAGAGGUCGUGGUCACAUUCUCAGAUUUUGAUAAGAUGGAGCAAGUGCGUAGUGUUUUACUAGAGAAGCUUGACAAGAGUGUGUGUGUGGGAACGCCUCAGUUUUACCACAGUGCUGAAAGUCUGAGCCUAAUGAGGCGGCGUGCGUGUGUGUCAGCAGUUGAAAACGCUCAGCAGAAGGCCUCAGAAGUCAGUCAGCUCCUGGGACAAACUCUGGGGUCCCCGCUCUUGGUCAAAGAGGAGGAGACAAGGGAGUGGAGGAAUGAGGAUGAGGAGAAUGGAGGUGCUGCACCCAUUCACCACCUCCCUCAUACACCCACAAUCACUGCCUCCUCACGGGUAUCUGUCUCCUUCAGCCUCAGAGACAGAAGCAGGAAAAACCUCUAAAGACAUUUAUCACUGACUCAUGAAACCAAAGAACAGAUUGUCACAUUUUAUACUAUUUUAUUGCUUGGUCUUGAUGGCUGAAUAAAAGUGCAGUUUUUCAA